CCAUCGAAAUUAUCUAAAUUGAGAAGUGAUAGUUCGCAAUCCACAAAGGGUCCACCUGAAUAGAAUGUCCGGGAUAGUAGCAGCUGCAGAUGUUUUGCCGAAUCACGGACACCCAGAAGACUGCGGAGCAAAUUCAGAGCCUGAUAUUGUUGGAUAUCUGAAAAACCGAAUAUCAGAAAUCAUCCAGCAGUUCUCUGCUGUUUCAGACGUUGACAAGUCCGAAAAUGGUGCUGCAAAUUUGAUUGUAGGGGAUCAUGAACCAAAGAAAAAUGAUGCUGGGCGUGACAGCGCAAAUAAAAUUAUAUUCCAAAAAAGGUCUAAUUUAGCUGAAAAUGGGUCUCUGUUUAAACAGGGUGUUGGGGCUGGACUUGCAGUGACUGAGAAUGAGCGGUUGAAGGGCUAUCUGAAAGAUACUGCUCAAUUGAUGAUCAAAGAAGUAGACGAGGUGACAGAACAAGUUCUUCAUCUGUGUCGCAUGCGUACAAAUUUGAAAAGAAAGAGAUCCAGGGCUGCUGUAUCUUCAAAAAAUGCAGACAGAGGUAAGGCAAGUAAGAAGCAAAGGAUGGUAUUUCUGGCUCGUUCUGAGGCUGCUCAUAGAAGGCGCAUGUCAGAUGUCUUCCGAGAGUGCAGUUCUAUUCUUAAACAGAUCAUGCAACACAAAUGGUGCGGUCCAUUUAUUCAACCGGUUGAUGUUGCAGGCUCGGGCUUCUGUAACUACUAUGAUAUUAAUGAAAGGCCCAUGGACUUGAGAAAUGUGCAAGAUCGGCUGGAGGCAGAAGAUGGUUUGGGUUACAAUAGUGCUCAUGAAAUAUGUGAAGAUGUGAGACUUGUUUUUAGGAAUGCAAUGGCAUGCAAUCUCCCAGGGACAGAUAUAUAUAAGUAUGCAAAAGCUCUAUUGGAGAAGUUUGAAGAAAAAUGGAGAAAUGUUUUGGAACCAAAGCUUAUUGAACUGGAAGUGUUAAGGGAGGAGGAGCAGGGUUGCUCGGGUAUUGGUUGUCUUGAUUCAGAAAUCGCUGCUAAGAAAUAUUCAGAUGAAGUCUUUCAAAAGCUAAGCAAUAUUGAGAAGGACAUAGAGGAAUUUCUUAGAGCAACAACUUCUAAGUGCAGGGCAAUGUCAAUGAUGGAAAAGGAAGAACUAGUUCGCAGAAUUCGUGACCUUCCUCCCAAUGGCCUUAAUCGUGUGGUCGAGAUUAUUGAACAGGCGGAGACUUCGUUGGAUAUUUCAGCUGAGGAAAUCCAUGUAGAUUUGGACAAGGCGGAUCCAGCAACAUUAUGGAGAUUGUACUACUAUUGUAGAGUUACUAUUCCAGACUUUUCAGUUGGCAAUGGUUAGUGAAUUAUCCAUUGCAUGAAGGGCACUGUAUGAGGGUAACAUGCAGCUAUUUUCUAUACGUGGUGACAACAAAAUGCAGAAUUAUUUCGAAAAAAUGAAUUCUUAUCAAAUCAUUUUUAAGAGUAGCCAUUUAAUUUCCAAAUAUUGUAUAUACUGCAAAGGACUUAAUGGUCAAAUCAGGGUUUCAAUGGGUUCCUGUAGAUUUAACCUAGGUUUAACUAUGCACCUGAUGGAUUUAACCUUGUGUAGUAAAACUAAGCAAAUAAUCACUGCUCUACAUUUACAUGUACUUAUCCAAGGAUUAUUUUGUAACAAAGCUUGCUAAUUUAUAACGUUCAAAGUAGUCAACAGAUGCUCAUAGAACUAUUGAAUUUUAGUUGAAUAUGAUCCAGACUAUAUUGGUCUGCCAUUUCCAUUGUUAACAAAUUUCUAUAUUUCCAAGCAAGUGAUAAAUGA